CAACUAAACGGGUCCCUCAUUUCCCAACGAAUAAAUUAUUAAAAAACGAAUAUUGUAACUUGUGCAAAUCCAGGGUUUUACACACUCUACCAGCACCUUUCUCCCUCUCGCCCCCGCCUAUCUUCUUUCUUCAUUUCUUUAUCUUUUCUUCACUGUGUCGAGGGAAGAAGCCAACGCAACCAAGGAAUCCAAACCAUUCUCGUUGAUGAUAUGGCUGGACGGGAGCAGAAAAAGUCUGGCGGUGGAGGGAAAAAGAAGGAAGUGAAGAAGGAGACUGGCUUGGGUCUCUCCUUCACUAAGGAUGAGAAUUUCGGGGAAUGGUACUCUGAGGUUGUCGUCAAUGGUGAAAUGAUUGAGUACUAUGACAUUUCUGGCUGUUAUAUUCUGAGGCCAUGGGCAAUUUCAAUUUGGGAGAACAUGCAAACAUUCUUUGAUGCAGAAAUCAAGAAAAUGAAAGUCAAGAACUGCUAUUUCCCUCUCUUUGUAUCUCCUGGUGUUUUGCAAAAGGAGAAGGAUCACGUUGAGGGUUUUGCUCCAGAGGUUGCUUGGGUGACCAAAUCUGGGGAGUCUGACUUGGAGGUGCCAAUUGCAAUCCGCCCAACUAGUGAGACAGUUAUGUAUCCCUACUAUUCUAAGUGGAUAAGAGGCCACCGUGACUUGCCUUUGAAACUUAACCAGUGGUGCAAUGUUGUUCGAUGGGAAUUUAGCCAUCCCACACCAUUUAUCAGGAGUCGUGAAUUUCUCUGGCAGGAAGGGCAUACUGCCUUUUCAACAAAGGAAGAGGCAGACACAGAGGUUCUUCAAAUAUUGGAACUGUACCGACGUAUAUAUGAAGAAUUCUUGGCUAUUCCUGUUAUAAAAGGCAGGAAGAGUGAAUUGGAGAAGUUUGCUGGUGGACUUUACACAACUAGUGUUGAGGCAUUUAUUCCAAAUACCGGGCGUGGUAUUCAAGGUGCAACGUCCCAUUGUUUGGGCCAAAAUUUUGCAAAAAUGUUUGAGAUAAACUUUGAAAAUGAAAAGGGUGAGAAGGCUAUGGUCUGGCAGAAUUCCUGGGCGUAUAGUACACGAACGAUUGGGGUAAUGGUGAUGGUUCAUGGGGAUGAUAAAGGCUUGGUGCUACCUCCAAAAGUAGCAGCUGUGCAAGUUAUUGUGAUUCCUGUGCCUUACAAGGAUGCAGAUACUCAAGGUAUUUUUGAUGCCUGUGUUGCCACUGUGGCAACCCUGACAGAAGCUGGUAUUCUUGCUGAAGCUGAUCUUAGAGAUAACUACUCACCUGGUUGGAAGUACUCAGACUGGGAGAUGAAAGGUGUUCCCCUAAGGAUUGAAAUAGGGCCCAGAGACUUGACAAAUAAUCAGGUGCGUGCAGUUCGCCGUGACAAUGGAGCAAAAACUGAUAUCUCUAGAGUAUUUUUGGUCGAACAAGUAAAAGGAAUGUUGGAUAAGAUUCAACAGAACCUGUUUGACGUUGCAAAACAAAAGCGAGAUGCCUGUGUUGAAGUUGUAAAAACUUGGGAAGAGUUUGUAACAGCUCUUGGUCAGAAGAAAAUGAUCUUAGCUCCUUGGUGUGAUGAGGAGGAUGUGGAGAAAGAUGUGAAAGCACGAACAAAGGGUGAGAUGGGAGCAGCCAAGUCUCUUUGUACCCCAUUUGAGCAGCCUGAACUCCCAGAAGGUACUAAAUGCUUUGCUUCUGGGAAGCCUGCAAAGAAGUGGACCUAUUGGGGCAGAAGUUACUAAGAUCAUUGUCUUUUACGACCAUCUCCUUCCCAUGGUCCUGUGGCUGAUGUCAGCAGUGCUGGUGUGUCUGGACCAUUCUAAACAUGGCCAUUUUCAAUUUAAAAUUGUUAUAGAAAACUAAUGAGAAGUCUCAGUUUUGUUAUCAUAUUGUUAAAACUUCUGGGAUUUUUGUUUUUGGCAAGGGUGUUUUGUUGAAUUGUAGCUUUGCUGCAAUUGAUCUACUGGUUUAUCCUGUGUUAUUACAAACUGUUAGAAUAUGAUUAUGAUUACUUGAAAGUCUUGAUACUUAUUUUUUUAC